CAUGUACAUGAUUCACGUGUCCUUUUUACUUAUUGAUAAAGGUUUCAUAUAUUUUAGAUAUUGACUAGAAUUUUCUAAACCAGAUUGUAAAAUAAACAUUUAAAGUAGCAAUCAAAACGUUAAGUAUUUCAACAUAUAUCUUAUUUGGAUUCAUUUCAACUUCAUCGAGAGGUAAAAAUGGCGGGACUCUCAGAGGAGGAAAUUACAGCAUGGUUUCUUGAAAAGGUUGCUCUAGGUGACGACACAGCGACCAAAGCAGACCUCACAGAGCUUCUUCUCUCCAACAACUACAGUGAAGCAGAAAUAGAAGUAAUGUUCAAUAUGACAGGGGUGGAUGAUUCAACUCAGAUGGGACUAGGGGACAUACUGAAAUGGGUGAUAGGAAUCAAACUCUUUGAUGGAAUGAGUAAACUUGGUUUAGAAGAAUCUGCCCCUCCCGCAGCUGCCCCUCCUGCAGCUGCUCCCCCUGCAGAUGCUCCUCCCGCAGCUGCUCCUCCUGCAGGCGAAAAAUCUUCCGGAGGGGCUCCACCAGGACCAGCUGUAUGUCCUCCCGCAGCUGAACCUCCAGUUCCAAAGCCAACACCUGCGCCACCUGUCGAAUCUACCCCUCCCGCAACUGCUCCUCCCGAGGCCACUCCUCCUGCUGCGAAGGCUCCGGCAGCUGCACCUCCUGCAAAAUCUCCACCAGCACCGGGUGGUGUAGGGUCACGUGCGAACAUGACACCGGGAGAGGUGAUCAAUCUGGGACUGCAGAUAUCGGCAGAGUUUAACACUGACGCUGCACUGGCCGUCAUGGACCAGAUGCAACUAGACGCUGAUGGCAAGAUUAACGUGGAUGAAUUCAUUAAAGCAUAUCUACAAGCUGCUCCAUAAUUGACUGAAUUUGUUUCAUAUCAAAGAUACAAUAUCAUGAUCUCUUGAUUACUUUGCAUCUAGCAUUUUUAGUUUAUUCAAACUAGCAAUAAUAAUCCGGGAAUAAAAUAAAGUUAGUGGUAGUAUCAUCAUGACGUUUCAUCAAAAGCAGAAUCUACAUAUAGGUGUCUCAGAGACAUGAACUGUUCAUCCUAUAUUAUGUUCCACCAGACUAUCACUAGUACUUUUGUUACUCUAUUACAUAGUUCGGAUGGAUUAACUGAUUAACAUAAUAAAAUCGACAAACAUAACAAACACAUGAUUCAAAGGGAACUUUAAUUGCUGUUGCAAAACUUUUGGUGGGGAGUGUGCGUCCAACUUAACACGCAUUGUCUCUUAGUUUGUCCAUUCAUUACAUUAGGGUCAACCCAUCACUGCAUCUUCAACAUUGGACGCACUCUUGUGAAAGGAAUGUAAAUCGAAUGUCAUUUUGAUUUAAUAAAUGGUUCUAUUUCUUUUA